AUGAGCCUAGAUUAUAAGCUCGAGUUGCGGGUGCCUUUUGAGACGGCCCGCCAGGCAGAAAUUGCCUACAACUCACUUAUUCCCGACCCUGUGCUCAAAGGGAACGAAAUCAAUAUCAACUAUUCGGUGGAUAACAAUGAACUUGUGGCGAACUUCGCUGGAGUCAGCGAUAAGAUGAUCAGAGUGGCCAUCAGCAAUACCAUUGACAAUAUCAAGGUGAUCAUUGAGACAAUGGAUGCGUUCGAUGGGAAGAAGGACCAGACGUGGCUGGUGGAGGCUAAGGAAUAA